CUAGACCUUGAUUUGAGCGCAAAACGAAUCAGCUCACGAAUUGAGCUCAACAAGUCACCGAGUCGAACUCGCUCACGAAUCUUGCGAGCUGAACCAGACAUAGCUCAAACUCAAACUUAUUUACUAAGAAGCCGAAUCUCAAACAAGAUUAUUUUUUCCAAAUCGAAUACUGAUCCGAUCGUAAAUCCCUCGACUCGUUUACGGCCCACCCUAAGUGGUCUGGUCUCCAUCCAAACGCCUAUACUGAACUACUGAUGCUUCCAUCCAUCCAACGGUCGAUUUAUUCUCAAUCGGCAGCAGGCAGGUAGCCAACCUCAUAAAUGUACAGUUAAUGCCGAGAGCUAGCCUUUCACAUUUUCGUCAAAAAGCUCGGGCAUGCAUCUGCAUCCUCCCCGUAGCAGCUACAGAGGUUACAGAACUGCGUGCAAAGAUGCCGGCUAAAGGGUCUUGCUUUCACGUAAUGGCCGGCGAUACCCUAAAGUCCGCGGCAAAAAAAGUCAUCGGUCUUGGCGGAAAAUUCCCCGACCGGUUAAAAGCUCAAAUAUCAAACGCAUUGAUUCCGUUCCACUUCCAUCUCUCAAGCUGUUUGGUGCACACAGUGCCAUUUACUCUUCCCCAACGGCCCCAAUCAAAUCAUGCACGUACUUUUUGACCUACUAUAGUUCGUACUAGCCAUGGCUCUCAUCACCAUUUUCUAAUGGGUUUUUAGUAGUACGAGUAAUACGAUUAUGCGUAUAAGCGUAUUGUUAUGUAAUUUGUCAGUGUUAUAUUUCUUAUAAGAGUCGCGUAUAAGUUAAUUUUUUUUGUUAGUGUUAAGAUUAUUAUAGCAGUCGGUCAUUGUAUAAUGUAUUAUACAUGAGUCCGAUGUUAUUUCAUUGAUAAUAGAACAAUAAUACCCACCCUAUUAUGAUUUCCAAGAUGGCCCAUGAUGAUGCAGACUAAAUGUGGCUUCAAUAUGGGGUCAACCAAGCGAGUUAUAGACUUAAUCCGGCAUGCUACCGCGUACCAAAAACUUCGUACUAAUUUUGUCAUUAAAUGAAAGAACUCUGGAGAGUCGAGAAUACAGCGAAUCAUGGAUGAAGAUAGUAAUUCAAUAUGAACUAUUUUUUUGUAUAGUUUGAAAUUGAUCGUACGAAACAAUACCAAACAUGUAACGAAAAGAAUAUUAAUUAGCACUUAAACUACUGUACCGAUUCUGAUAGGUAGAUACAAUAAGCAACAAAAUUAACCACUUUGUAUUAUUCAAAGCAAACCUCCCAUCUACACCAAUAAUAGGAAAUAUAGGAUGGUGCUGGUCCUUGGUACUAACACAAGUACAUAACUCAUCGAAUACAACAACUCUACAACAAUGGCAAUCAAUUAUCACUCUUUUGAAUCCACAACAAUCUGUCAAUUUUGUACACAAACAGCGAUUUCCGGUAAAGCCAACAUUUAUUGGAGAGGCAGAGUGGCAAAUGAACUUCCCCAAAAGAACCACCGGUCCACUCUGUUCAGUGUACCCUCAUCGCUUGUGAACCCAGUAGUAUAAGUACACGAUGAAGUUAAUCAAACUGAAUUCAUCAACAAUCACUUUCUACACUCUCCCCACCACUGAAACCAACUCCAGACAAACCCAUCUUGCUCCGGCGAAGAAACCCCACCGGAGAAAAUGGACGUCAGGAUCGUUUCCAGGGAGCUAGUGAAGCCGUCUUCCCCUGAAACCAUACAAACAAAACCUCCACACAGGUUCUGCCUCUUCGACCAGCUCACUCCCUUGACCUUUUCUCCCCUCAUUCUCUUCUACGCGAAUCCUGACCACAACAAUCCCAAUCUGGCUUCCUUCCUCCACCGCCUGAAGCGCUCCCUGGCGGAGACUCUCAACAUUUACUACCCUUUCUCCGGCCGGACCGGCCCCGGCAACUUGGUCAUCGACAGCUUCAAUGCUGGCCUCCCUUUCACUCUAGCCCAUGUUAUCGAUUGCCGCCUCUCCCAGUUCCUUAAACGCAAGGAGACAGAGCUCCUCAACCUCCUCCUCUCUCGACAGCCGUUUCAGAAGGAACCUUCCGACGUGGAAUCCCCUGUUUUGGAGCUUCAGGUCUCUGUUUUCUCCUGCGGCGGGAUCGCCUUGGGAUGGGCUUGUUCUCACAAGUUGAUCGACGGCUCCACCAUGAGAUCCUUCCUCACUACAUUCACUGCCCUGCUCCGCGGCCAACCGAACGACAUCGUUUCCCCUGAUUUCGCCCAGGCCUCCACUCUGUUCCCGCCGAGGGACCCUUCCCCUGAAAAUUUCCUCAAUCUGAUGGAAACCCUCUGGUUUACUGAAGAAAAUUACAUAACCAGGCGGUUCGUGUUCGAUUCCAAGGCAAUAGGUCAGCUGCGAGCCAUGGCGGCCGGAGGCCGAGGAACUGAUCUGCAGGGGAAAUCGAUUCGGAAGCUGUCUAGAGUGGAGGCAUUGUCCUGUUUCAUCUGGAAAUGCUGCAUGGCGGCGUCCAAGGCGGUUUCUUCCGCGUCCAAGACUUCCAUUCUGGUGGAGGCGGUGAAUCUGAGGAAUCUGACGAACCCGCCGCUGCCGGACGCGGCGAUCGGGGACGCGUUCUGGUGGGCGACGGCGGCGGCGAACCCGUACGACGAGUCAAAUACAGAGAUGUCGGAGCUGGGGAAUCUGCUGAGCGAAGGAAUUGGGCUGUACAGGAGCGAUUACGUGGAGUCGCUCCAAGGGGAAGACGGGUUUGAGGCGAUUUCGAGCUACUUCGAGCAGCUGGAAGGGAUGUUCGAGGAGGAGAAGCCGGAUAUAUUCGCGUUUACGAGCUGGUGUGGGUUUGGGUUCACGGGUCAGGAUUUUGGGUGGGGGAAACCGGUUUGGGUGACGGUGAUGGGAAAAGUUGGUCGGGCUUUUCGUAACCUAACCGUGUUUGUGGACUCGACGGUCGGGAGAGGGAGCAUCGAGGCUUGGGUCACUUUGGACCAGAAGCGGAUGGAGGUUCUUGAGCGCGAUCCGAACUUCCUUGCGUUUGCGUGUGCUAAUCCUAUAAUUUCUAGCCUUUGAAUUGAAUGAAUGGUUUGUUCUCUUUGUUAUCUAUUCCUUUUUUAAGCUAUAAAGUAUUUAAGUUUGGAUCUUUUGUCCAUGGUUUUAGUUUACGUUAAAGUAAAACUUAUAAUUAUGAUUUGAUGGUCUUAAUUUAUGUUAAAGUAUUUCUUUUUAGUUUUUGGUUAAAAUAGAGAACCAGUUAAACCGUGGUGGUUCAUAUGACUUUAUGUUGAACCGUGUAAAACCAUUUGGUUCAUCAAUAAUCAUCCAAAUAAUGAACCGGACCGCUAUUGCAAUUUGUUUGAUGGUUCUACUUGCCCGACCGUUUUGAUCCGCUUCGAAUCUUAUAACAAUUUUCACAAACCCUCAGUUACAUAUUUAUUUACUUAUUUAUUUGUAAUCGGUUGGAAAAUGCAUUCAGAUGUUUGGGGUAGUGUUAGUGAUCAAGGGGUGGUAACUCAUAUCACGGGCGGAAACUUUGCACAGAGUUCCAUUACUAUUAAUGGAUGGCUUCGCGAUUUCUUAGGGACACCAGUUACAAUUUUAACGGCCCAAUAACCAAUUUGGUCCCAGGGUAAGGAAUAACCAGUUACUCCUUUGAAUGAUGAAUUCUUGAGUAGUCUACUCCCCUUUGAAUGAUGAAUUCACAUUAUUUUAGAAUUGGGUUAUAGGUAUAAUAUGCCCCUCUACUAUGACGUUUUAUCAAACAUGUCCCUCUACUAUUUUUUACAUCAAACAUGCCCCUGUACUUUGACCAAGUUAUCAAACAUGCCCUUCUCCUAAAAUUUCCAUUGAAAAAAAUCAUCAAUCGUGGUUGAACCGAGAUUUAGACGACCCGACAUCGGCAAAUGGGAGAGAAAAUAUCCGUUUUGUCCCCCGUUUUAUUUCUCUGAGUCGUUUCAAAGUGAAAUGAUUUGAAUUAUUUGGAUAUACAAAAGAUUCAAACAAAUCCUAAAGUGAAAUUAUUAGAGAUAUUUUAGACAUUUGUGUCGCCCAAACUAAAGUUCGGCAUUGGUUAACGAUUUUUUGGAUGAAAAUUUUAACAAAAGUGCAUGUUUGAUAAUUUUACAAAGUACAAGGGCAUGUUUGAUGUAAAAAAUAGUAAAGGGGUAUGUUUGAUAAAAUAUCAUAGUAGAGGGGCAUAUUAUACCUAUAACCCUUUAGAAUUCAUAAGGGAUUUACUUGUCUAUGUCUCCUUCUAUUUGAUCUUUUAGGUCCCGAGUUCGCCUCGAUGGUUAUGCCGCGAUGCUAUUAAAGCCUAUAUACGACCUAUAGACUCCUGUAACCAUGCCAUAUUUACUUACUUACUUUAGUGUAAACAUAAUUUCUUUCCAAACUAACGAAAAUAUCAAAUAAAAAGAAUGAUUAAUUCCACAAAAGAUAAAAAGAAAGAAGUUUGUUUUCACGAGGUACAACUAGCAAUUCCUAUUUAACUGAAUCGACCAUAGAUCAAUUCCCCUUUUAUUGUGGAGUAUUGAAUACACCUAUAAUUCUGAGCUUCAUGUUACUCCUCCCAAGAGACAUGUCAGGGCCGAAUGUGUUCUUGAACGAAGAAGGAGACCGGAGUUGGUAUCAGUAUAUCAGACCAAAGCCAACAUUUUAUUUUUAUGCAAAUCAACACUAUUUUGUCACCUAGCUCUACUCUUCAUAAUACAUAGGGAUGGCAAAUUACCCACCCAUGGGUAAUUAUACCCAAACCCAAGUAGACCCAUUGAUAAUGGGUUGGGUAUGUGUGAAGUGCAUAUGGAUUUGGGGGUUUAUAGAUAGGUUUGGGUAAGGUAUGAAUAUUGCUUACAUAAUCUAAAUGAGUAUGGGUUGGGUUGGAUAUGGAUAUCCAUUUACUUGAGGGUGUUUUAACUACACAUGCAAAAAUUGGACCUAUUUGUAAAACUUGAAAAGUUAGGUACCAAAAUGUAAGACCAAAAAAAAUUAGGUACCAAAACGUAAUUUUCCAUCGCUAUUUUGAGGACUAAUAUGCAUAAAAAUCAAAUUUAGGU